AUUUACAGAGCAGUUUUCUCGCAGGUAGAAGUACAAUGGAUAACACCAUUCUAGUUCAAGAGGCUAUACAUUCUAUGAGGCAGCUAAAAGGGAAAAAAGGGGCCCUAGCAUUCAAGAUAGACCUCCAUAAAGCCUUCGACAGUGUAGAUUGGAAGUACCUCAGGGAAGUAUUGAUUGAUUUCAACCUGCCGGAUCAAUUAGUUCGAUUAAUGAUGUUUUCAGUUACUUCAUUGCAGCUUUCUGUCAUUUGGAAUGGAGAGGAAUUACCUUACUUCCAGCCAAAGAGAGGUCUACGUCAAGGUGACCCCUUAUCGCCGUACCUCUUCAUUAUGGGACAGUUAGCAAACUCCUUCAGUUCUGCUUGUGGCAUCCCCCUGACGCAUGAUCUUGGCAUUUACCUUGGGGUGCCUAUUAUCCAUGGCAGGUUCAAGGCCAGUAACUACAAACAUAUUCUUGAAAAGAUGAAGAUUAAGCUUGCAGGGUGGAAACAGAAGUCCCUAAGUCUGGCAGGUAAGAGAACACUAGUGCAAUCGGUAACCUCCUCGAUACCAACCUAUAACAUGCAAACAGUUCUCCUUCCUAGCAGCACAUGUUCAGCCAUAGAUUCCUUGAAUCGCAAAUUCCUUUGGGAUUCAGAUAUACAAACUAACAAACCACACCUUGUCCAUUGGAACGAUAUUUGUUUACCGAGGAGAUAUGGUGGACUGGGUGUGAGAUCUGCCAAAGAGUUUAACAAGGCUUUGAUUGCCAAGUUAGGCUGGCAACUACUUUUAGGGGGUGAGAAGCCAUGGUGCCAAGCUAUCAAGCAUAAAUACCUUCAUUCAGCGAGUUUCUCUAGUUGCAAUCCCACGCCUUCUUCAUCCAUAACGUGGCGAAGCAUCUUAAAAACUAGAGAUGUUUUACAGUUGGGAACACGGUGGAGAGUAGGAUCUGGCUGUAACAUACAGCUUUGGAAUGACAUCUGGGCUGCACUGAGGUUGCUUUGGAGAGGAAAAGUUCUCACAAACUCCGUUCGCUUUGAGCGCCACAUGGCUCCUGCGCCGGUGUGCCCUCGUUGUGAGCAAUCACCUGAAACCCCUCUACACCUCCUAAGAGACUGUUUCUACUCGCGGCUAGUUUGGGAGUCGGCUCACACCUUUGCUUUGGAAUCAAGAUUUGCCUUGGAAUCAGUUAACCUGAUUCAUGACACCAGAGCUCCCAGAUGGGUCUCUUGGACCCCACCACCACACCCUUAUCUUAAACUAAACACCGAUGGAUCCCACAAUCAUCACUCAGGCAAAGCAGCAGCUGGAGGACUUAUUCGUGAUCACAACAGGCGUUGGGUUCAUGGCUUUGCUGUAAACGUUGGUCUCACAACAAGUUUCUUGGCUGAGUUGUGGGGUUGUAGAGAAGGUCUCAAGCUUGCUCACUCUCUGGGGAUACAACAGUUGGUCUUAGAAAUGGACUCUUUACUUGCAAUACAACUCAUUCAAAAUCGGCAAGUUUCAGCCGGACCAGCCUCGAUGCUUCUUAUUGGACAUCUUUGUGUUGAUAGAUUUCUUUAGCAGCUGCCUGGAACAACACACUCUUAGGGAGGGGAAUUUAGCUGCGGAUUUUAUGGCAUGCAUGGGUCACAAAUUAACUUUGGGCACUACA